GCACAAUUAGCAUCAGGGGAGUUUCUAAACUCUCCGCUCCUUCCACAGACAAUGACAACCAGGGAGAGUUUAUAGCCCAGUCGGCGAGUUGCCAUUAACUUUGCCACUUUUAUAUAACGUCAAAGACAUCGACAUAACAUAUUGUCUUGUUGGGAGUAGUUGGAGAAGCCUAGAUAUCACUCUUUAAUUAGAGUUUUUACGCGAUAUGGAAUCAUCCCUGGAGUUCUCAAACUCUUUCACCAGUGUGUCUUCGCCCUCCGCGCGGUGUCGGAUCUUCAAGAUCAUCGUGAUCGGAGACUCCGGUGUCGGUAAAACUUGUCUCACCUACCGGUUCUGUGCCGGUGAGUUCCUCGACCGAACCGAAGCCACCAUCGGUGUCGAUUUCCGUGAGAGAUUGGUCGAGGUCGAAGGCGAGAAAAUCAAGCUCCAGCUAUGGGACACGGCGGGCCAGGAGCGUUUCAGGAAGUCUAUGGUCCAGCAGUACUAUCGGAACGUUAAUGCUGUUCUCUUCAUUUAUGACGUCUCCAGACCAGACAGCUUCAGAGGCCUGCCAGCCUGGAUAGAGGAGUGUAGACGGUACUCACUGGGACAGGAGAUAACCAGGUUCCUCGUGGGCAACAAGAGCGACCUCCGUGACACCUGCAGCUGUGACCCCUGCCCCAUCGAGGUCGAAGGUCAGGUGACACGGGAUCAGGCCCAGAAGUUUGCCGCGGCCCACGGGAUGAUUCUGUUUGAAACGUCUGCUAAAAGCCUCCCAGGGGGAGGAGAACCAGGAGAACCAGGAGGGGGGCAUCAGCACAGCGUGGAGGAUGUGUUCAUGGCCCUGGCCUCCAGGCUGAAGAGACAGACCAGACCCCCUCCCCCGGUUCUCAACAACACAGGAGUGUCUGGGUCGUAUUGUGGCUCAUAUACAGGGACAGCUUCAUUCAGACUGCCAGCCAAGAAGAACCCUCAUAAAGACUUCUGGACAUGCACCUGUUGAGAGGGAGGGUGAGAAGAGGGAU